GUGAAAAUGGAGGCAAACAAGUAUGCAACCAUACAUGUAUGAAAAACAGAAGUGGAGCCAAAAACAUUGCAGCAAAUAGUUCCUGGAUGAGACAAUUAAACCUAACAGGCACUGACUUCAGUUUUACAAUAUGGAUGAAAUGUGAACCCAGUGCAAUCACAGGGCUCAUCAAAAACGUCCUGCCCUCUGUGGAAAUCGCACUCAGGUUUUUGGCUACAAACUCUCAGGCAGCAUCUACAGGAUGACAUGGGAGGAAAAAAAAAGGCACAACAGAAGUACCACUUGCUUGUGAAUAAUACCAGUUUCUUACGCAACAUCUUGUUCAAAACUAAAUUUAAACCAGCGUCGUUCCUGCGGAGACGGAUAGAUUUUACAUAAAAGCCACCACAGAUCAUGCUCUCGACGAAAAGUCCAGAAUUUCAACAGCAGGAAACUCCCCACACCAUGUUCUCCAGCUAUCAAGAUGAGUCACGUUAGCUCAUGACGCAUGUUGGGCAUAAAUGGUUGCUGCUGGGGGAAAACUGACAAGGAUGCAAAGGCAGAUUCACGGACCAUUUAGUAAUUAAGUCAAAUGCACAGAUUGAACAAACAGAACCUGACGUAAUUUUCCCAGCAGGGUCUACCUGCUGGGUCACGACUGGCAACGUGAGGAAAACGUCUUCUAAGUGGCUGCAGACGCUGCGGCGGGGUGUGGAAGUGAAACAUGUGCUGGCUCCAGCCCCGAGGCGUGGAUGGCCCAAUUAGAUGCUCUCUUACCUCUGCUGGCUGAAGUUCUCCAGGGGGGUCACCAAGGUCAGGGGUUAUUUAGGGUCCGACCUGCAUUGACUUCCUAACGCGAAACUGAUGAGUUGGACAGCCUAUAUCAGGAGCGUUCGUGGAGACGCUAAAUGGUUUUAGCAGAGUUGUUCCCUCACUUGUACGUCUUGAAGCUGUUGCUGUCUAACAUCGUGGUUUUCAACCUGUAGCACAAGCCUCUGAUGGGAAUUAUUGGCAAAGAGACUUCUCAAAACGAAGUUGCAAUAAAAAAAAGAAAAAAACAGGAAACUGGCAGUUCCCUGAAGCGGAUGACAACAAGCCAGGAGCAAGUGCUGGCCAGGCCACACCCUCCAAAAGUCUGCAAAGCCAAUGAGGAGCAACCGCAGGGCCGAGGGUUAGCGUUUGGCUAUAAAAAAGGCGGAGGUGGACCUGCCUGUCAGAGGACUUGUUGUUGCUCUGUCUGGUCGGCAAAAGGAGGGAAUGUAAAAGUGUGACAUUUAACAAGGUGAAACAGGACACAGGACAGCCAGGGGGGAGUCCAGUCUGAUGGAGCUUCAGCAACUGUGAUUUUGUUGGACGAAGGAGAAACGCGCGACCUGUUGAGAGAGUCAGCAAACCGUGAAAACGAGCCAUACCUAAACCGCUCGACGAAGCGGAGGUUGGACACCGCAAUGAGAGAAGAGGUGUCCUGCACCAACUCCCCUGAAGGAGGGCUGGGGGCCAGCGAAGAGGAGCUGGAGAGGGCAUCGAAGAAGACCCUCCAACAGGCAAACCGAAAGCGCUCCCCCUACCCAAAGAAGGACAGCCUCAGUCAGACGGAGGAGAGCAGCACCGGCAGCACCAACAGCCUCCUGCCGUCUGGGCCGAAGAGGCUCAAGAAGAGCCCCUCAACCAUCGUGUCGUUGGCGCCCACGUCUCUGGGGCCGAGGCCAGAGCCGCCCUUCGAGGAGCUCCACUCCCAGAGGGUAAUCGCCAACGUGCGAGAGCGCCAACGCACCCAGUCCCUGAACGAUGCCUUCGCCUCCCUACGCAAGAUCAUCCCGACGCUACCCUCCGACAAGCUGAGCAAGAUCCAGAUCCUGAAGCUGGCCUCACGCUACAUCGACUUCCUGUACCAGGUGCUGCAGAGCGACGAGAUGGACGCCAAGCUGGCCAGCUGCAACUACCUGGCCCACGAGAGACUCAGCUACGCCUUCUCCGUUUGGAGGAUGGAGGGGGCCUGGGCCAUGUCCACCAGCCACUAGGACCCCUCUAAACUCAUCUCAAACACCCUCUCGUGUCCACACCUCCACCUCCCUCCCUUCCCGAGCCCUCUGUCUGUGUUUGACCUCUGACCCUCUGAACCUCCUUUUUCUGCAUGGUCUGAUCUUAACCUUUUUACCUAAAACCUUUGCAUACAUUUUUUUUUUCUGUGCUGCAUAAUGUUUCAUUUAUCAGCUAAAUAUAUGUUGCUGCAACCACCAUCCCUCCCUCCACCUCCACCUCACCUCUGCUGCUCCCUCUUCUCUUCCUCGUCUGUCCCUGAGUUUAGUCCAGAGCAGCGAGUCACAACACUGCGGCUUCUCAGAAACCUCCACAACCUGGAAUUCCCUAAACUACAAGGAAGAUUCACUCGAAACUUUCAAAAAGAUUUCUCCUGUUUCUUCCCAUCCUCAUGUGGUUCCUUCCUCUUUUUUUUUUUUUUUUUUUUUCUUGUGCUCGACUCAACUCAGUGGCGGUUGCUUCGGCAAAGUGCCUCUGAGACUCAUUGUGGAGACGUGACAGUGAACUGCAGGACAUUUGAAAUAAUUAGAAUGAAAGACAGAAAAUAAUGAAAAGAGAGAGAGAGAGAAAAAAGAACAGCUGGCCUGAGGUGACAAUGAAACAAAAUGGCUGCUGGAUGGAGCGCCUUCGAUAACACCGCAAUGAUAACCGUCAUCCCAUUUCCCCCCCGAACCCCUGACUCUUCUCUCUUCGGAUGACUCAGCCUGACAGACAUUAGGAUGACUAAUGAUAAUGGCACAGUGAUGGUUAGAGGGCGGUCACAGCCAAUUUAUGUUUACAGCUAAAAUGCUAAUAAGCUAAUCGCUUUGGCUCUAAAAGGCGGGAAUCUGGUGCAGAUCUUUUUUUUUUUUUUUUUGCUUUGCUGCAGUGACUGGAUCGCUCUCCUGGUUAUUUCUUUUUUAAACAUAUCUUGUUUUGGUGUGCGUACGUACACGCUGUUUUACUUAAACCCUGCUUGCCGCUUUAUUCCGUUUCAAACCACUGAUCACAGUUCAGCUAAUUGUUUGUUUUACUAGCAGGCUGUCUGUCUUUAGAGAGUGUUGCAGCUUUGAAAUAUCUCCGCGAAGCUUAAUUAAAAAAUAAUGCACCAGCAAACCUCUCAGAAAGUGUGCCAAAGUGUUGAUGGUGUGAUUACACGCAGAGUAAAGCAGAUACAUUUGUAACUGUGGGCCCAAUUGCUUUUGAUCAUGUUCCUUUUGUAGCGUUUUUUUAUUUUUUUUUUUCCAUUUGCUUUUUCAUCAUUUGUCUUGUGAACAAUAAAGUUUUACUCAGCGCUGUAUCAAUGUA